UGCAGCAGUCAGUUUAAAAAAAUAAUUCUGCUUGCAAUGAACCCCAAGUGUUAAAAAACAUGCUUUUACGCGUAUUUUGUGUUCUCUUGUUUACAAUUAGAAUAGAUGGACAGAUAUCUAUAAGUUCAAUAACACCUUCUUCAGGAACAGUUUUACCAAUUGGAUCUACAGCAACCCUAUCCUGUACCUCCACCCUACCCUGGUAUAUCUGUAUCUGGGAGGGACCUGGAGGACUAGCCUGCCAGUGUCAAUCACAAGCUGGAGGAGUAAACGCUCUCUGCCAAGGAUAUCCACAUAUAACCCUAACCGGAAGCGGAAAUGACUGCAGUGCUGUUAUAUCAGGUGUAACAGCAGAAGAUGCUGGACAAUGGCGCUGUGUCUUGGUGGAUAACACACAGUUCAAGUCUGUCUCUAGAAUUACAGACCUGGAAAUUGGAAAAGAAGCUGAAGUUUCCUGGGUAGGGGUGAGAAACCAGCUCAGUGUUCGAGAAAAUGAGGCAGAAGACCUUGUUUGUCAGUCUAUUGGAGGUUAUCCUGAACCUCAACUAACAAUUGAAGGCACAGAUAAUAUCAGGCCUGGACGACCGGCAACUGAUCCAGGGGCAAUUCAACCCUUUCUUGAUGUCGUUCUCCCAGCUACCUAUACUGGAAACAGAAAUGAUCAAAACAAGAUGCUAAGUUGUGUGUCCACUCAGCUUGAUUCAUUCGGAAAUAUUUUGUACACUUCCAGAUCUGAUCUAAGCCUUGACAUUCAAGCUCCAGCUGAUGUUGGUGGCCUAGCUAUUCCUGUUGGUGGUAUAGUUGGCAUAUUGUUAGCAAUUCUGCUUUUGUUUCUUCUAUGUGCCAUUCUUUCAUUCUUUUUGUACAGAAGGGACAGAAAGAAAAGGUAUGGAGUAGAUAAUGAGAUAAUUGCCGCUUCCAAAGGAGGGUAUACAUCAGUUCCAGUAGAACAUGAUAUUCAUGUCACAGGCGGUGAUCAUUUGGAAAAGAAUUAUGAUGUCAACAUAAACCAGAUCUACAAUGACAGAUUUGGCAAAACAGAGAAUAUCAAUGUAAUUGAAAAUAACAAAUUACAAAACUCAUCUAAUAAUCUAGAAGAUUAUCUUGUUGCUGGCCUGGCUAGAAGAGGUAGCAAUAGUAGCAGUAGUAGUAGUAGUUCCUCGGAUAAAAGCAAACUUAUUAAAACUGAAACAGAUAAUGGAGUUUCUGAGAGAAAUGAAAGUUUUACAAACUACUAUUGGAAUAAUACGAGCGCAAUUAAUAAAACUGACUCAACAUUUAUUUACAAUGGAAAAACAUAUGAAGAGGAAGUAUUUGAAGAUCACUUACUGAUGGCUAAAUCAAAGUUUCCCAUGCCGUCAAAGUUCCGCUCCAAACGAUGGAAAAACAAUCUAUCAGAAAUUAGAGAAGGAGAUAAUGAUGAUGAAGUUCAAAUCUUAAAACAUGACAAUCAUGCCAACUUUGCCUCAGUACAAGUGGAGCAAGAAACAGGAAGAAAAACUAUGAAUGAUGGUGAAAAAGAAACCCAAAACAGUUGCCAUGAUACUAUAAACACAAACACAGAAAACACUUAUAGCAGCAAAGAUUUGGCAGUUGAGCUGAUCAACUUCAACUGGGAUCAAAAGAAUAUGACUAGCGAGGAUAUUUCCACAGUACAGAAAGAUUUCAAAGAAAAGAAAGAAAAAAAGAUGAAAAAGAAAAAGACUAUCACAGAAAGUGUUUCUAACAGAGUAUCACAUGACACCUCUGCAAAGUUAUUAAAGAAGAAAAAUGACCAAAUAUUUUCUGAAAUAGGAAACACUUCUGGGUCUAGGUCCAGCAGCAAUAUUAUUGGUCAUUUAGAUUUGUCAAAAUCAACCCAGGAGACAGAGUACGUUAAGCAAGAUAUUCAAAUUCAGUCUGAAGGAUCCAGUGACAAUUCUAAAUAUGCAUUCCGUGAUGAUCAUUAUUACAUCGGAGAUUCCGAAUAUGCAGAGGUUGUGGAGGAACAUGUUCAGGGGAAGUAUGAAGAUGACAUUGAGUACUGUGAAAAGAAACUUAAUCACACUGUUGAUGUGAAUCCUAAGAUUUGGACCUUAAAGGAUAUAAAAAUUGAAGAAUCAAAAAUACAAAGAACAUCAACCAUGAGAGACCCAAAAGUUCUACCUCCUCCAGGGCUCAGUACAGAAUCCAAAAAGGAAUACAUUGUUAACUGGAUAUCAACAGAGAACCUUCAAGUAUCUCCAACCUCAGAGAAAUCCUGCUUUCAAGAAGAGGCCAGUGUCAGAAGCUUUGACCAGGAGCUUGACCGGUCAGAUGAGUCCUGUAUUGUAGAAGCAGAACAAAGAACCAACGGGCGGUCAACUGGAGCUAGAUAUCAACAUAUUACAGACUAUAUCAACAUGAAGGAAAAAAUCCAAACUCAAAUAUCUGGUGGAGAUAAGAAGGUGGACAGAAACUCAAGCAUUAGUAAUAGAGUUAGCAAUGUUGAUAAGAAAACAAAGAAAUCUAGUGCAGAGAUUAUGAAUAUUAAUUCUCAUGGCCUUGCUGACUUUUCAGAGGCUAAAUCAUCUGAGAGUUCCAAUUCAACAGCAAGACAGGUUUCCUUCUCAGGAGGGAAAAAGCCUAAAAGCAUACUUAAGAAUCAAAGUGCUGACAGUUUGCAGACUGAUGAGAACUCCAAGAUGUAUAAGAUAACUCAGCAAGAAAUAGUAUUCUACCUGAAGAACAAAGAGGGGAUUGUAAAGGUUGUAAGGCGUCCUUUACUGCACACCAAGAACUUCAGCAAGAUUGCACCAGAGGAGGAGAGGGAGAACAGUUUUAUCCGACACAAAUCCCAACCUAACCUAUACAGUUCACAUAUACUGAGGCAUCUAGAUGAGCCUGGGCAGGAGGUGGUGAGUGGUCUGGAGGUGUCAUCAAGGGAUGAUGGAAGCCAACAUAUACAUAUGAAGAGUGUUGGGUUGCUUCAGCAUUCCUUAUCACUUAGACAGUUGAGUGGUCUGCAGGAUGGAGAAUGGCGAAGCUCAGGGUCUAUAUUUGAUUGUGAGAUGAACUGCUUCAAUGACAAUACAUUGCACAUAUAAAAAUGUGGGACGGAAAUACUGGAAAUAGUCUUUUUCAACGUUUUUAAUAACAAAUUAUUUUUGCAUAUACAAUAUACAUACAAUAAAAUAACCUUACUUUACUA